CUGAGAUCUCUCUGUUGCGAAGUUAUUGCUGUCGAGAAGCAAGGUCUUUCCUUGCAAAGGGGAAGUGUCCUUUGAGAGCACCGCGCUAUGAGACUCAAGCAUCCCGACGGCAAGAAGCAAUAGCAGGAAAGAUGGUCACGGCUUGGAUCGUCCCAGAAACGUGAACUUUCCGGUGGACGAUGUUUCUUUGAGCCUGUGCAAGGCGCUUCCCUCCUUCCUUGUUUGUUUGUUCCAUCGAGAACUUUCCCGUUCUGUCAACAACAGCAUCGAAUUGGUGUCAUUUUACGCGGCCAGCCUUUCAAGCUGUCAUCACGUUGGUCAUCAUGGCAGACUCCCACAACACCAUCGACCCGAUCGGUGAUGUCGAUUACAAGACUCCCUCCUGUGCUCUCCUCGCCAAACUCAUCACCAUUAAAGAAGAGUUCACCCAAGAGCACGCCUAUCAAGCCGCCUACGAGACCGAUACCUUAUGGCCCGAUCUCGAGUUCGACCAUCAUGAUAUCUACGACGUAGCUCAAAUUCUUCGCCAGGACGGUAUUGUUCUCGAACUUCGAUUGCUUCGCCUAUUCUUCGUCGCUUGGGACUACUUCCCCCUUGGUCAGGCAAAGCUGAUCCGCGACAUGGUACUCGAUCAGCUUGGUCCCGUCCAGAAGCCAGAUGUGACCGUCAAUAACAAUGAGCUCGCCAUUGCUGCACGCGCAAAGCCAGAUGCUGUUGAGAAGAAGUCCGACUGUGCCAACGACGAGACCUGGAGCACCCCAAAACAGACACCAUGCACAAAGACAGUAGAGUCCGGUACCGCUUCUUUUACCGCGAAGAAGAAUGGCAGUCCCAACAAGCAAAAACUCACGCCUACCCGUCACAACCGCUCUCAAGCCCUCUCACCCAGAAGCCCCUUCAAACUCCUCUUCAAGACUCAGAAGAAGUGGGCUCGUCAGCGCCAACUCAAGGCACUAGUCUCGCAGUCCAAGAAGCCGAAGGAUAAGCAAGUCAGGCGCGAAAGCAUGAAGAUCAAGUUGUCAAAGGACGAUCGUCUUGAGGAGGAAUUGAAGAUGGAGCCUGUUACGGUGUCUGCGGCUGAGAAGAAAGCACUUACACGUCAGAAGCUCGAACGUAAGCGUAAGCUCGAAGCACUUACCUUCAAGGCGAAAAAGCGUACUUAGUGAGUAGUUGAGUGUCGGCCUACACGGGGUGUAUUGGUUGUAGUUGUACAAGCUUAGCGUUGAGGUCAGCAUAUCCCUCUUCUCCUUGAGUACAGCAUAGCAUAGCCUCAGAGUACAGGACAUACUGGCAGGAAAACGCACAGAUGACAGUAAUCUGAAAUCUUCACCUCCUCUUCC